AGUCAGGUCCAUUGAUCGCGCACGGUCUCGGAGAGUCUGACCUCUCGCGCCCACGGAAGCCGUGUCCAUGGCAACCCCCACUUCGGGCGAUUGUGAAUUCCUCCCGGGGAAAAAAUAGGGGGGUGAGAGAGAGACGGGAUCACUGCCUGAUCCUUCCUCCUCCCCCUUCGUCGGUGCGCUCUCUCUCUCUCUCUCUUUCUCUCUCUCUCUCCUCUGCCUCUCUCCCAUACAAACUGUUCGGAGGCGAACAUGAACAGUGACGCGCGCUCCUGUGCUCGCGCUGAACGCGGUGGUCGCUCCUCUGUCGCGAGCCGGACGCUGUAACGGAGAGGAUUCACGCACAGGGAAUAACGUCCACGCUUGCACGAGCGUUCCUGAGCCUGAACUCCAAACUCAGACCCGGGAUAGAAGUCCGGUUCGUUCUCUUCCUCUUCUUCUUCUUCUUCGGUCUCCUAGUUCUCCGCGCGCGCUGAGAUGUUCCUCCAGGCGCUAGCGCGCGCCUGCGCCGGAUUGGUGGCCUGCACCCUGCUCGCCUUUGUCCCACAGCCGGCCGCCGCAUCCCUCAGCCGAUCUGCACAAGAUGUGGACGAGUGCGAGGAGAUCACGGACAACUGCAGCAUUGACGCAAUCUGCCAGAACACGUUCAGGUCGUACAAAUGCAUCUGCAAGUCCGGUUAUAAAGGAGACGGGAAGCACUGUGAAGACAUCGACGAGUGUGCAAGCGAAUAUAAUGGAGGAUGCGUCCACGAGUGCAUCAACAUCCCAGGGAACUACCGGUGCACGUGCUACGAUGGUUUCCGCCUAGCGCACGACGGCCAUAACUGCCUAGAUGUAGACGAGUGUUCGGAGGGUAACGGUGGCUGUCAGCAGGUGUGUGUGAACAUGAUGGGAAGUUACGAGUGUCGCUGUAAAGAUGGCUUCUUUCUGUCCGACAACCAGCACACCUGCAUCCAGCGGCCCAAAGUGCGUAUGAAUGGGACAAAGGAAGGCCCUACUUGUAUGGACAAAAACCACGGCUGUGCUCAUAUCUGCAGGGAAACUCCUAAAGGAGGCAUCGCCUGUGAAUGCAGACCGGGCUUCCAGCUCACCAAGAACAACCGCGAUUGCAAGUUGACCUGCAACUAUGGAAAUGGUGGCUGUCAGCACAUCUGUGAGGAGACAGACCAUGGGCCGCGCUGUUCUUGCCACAUGAAGUUCGCCCUGCACUCUGAUGGCAAGACAUGUGUAGAGGAAAGGAGUAUCCAGAAGCAGCCACAGCUGUUACCCAAUGAGACGUGUGCUGUGAAUAAUGGAGGAUGUGACAGCACGUGUCAUGAUGCUCUAACAGGGGUGCGCUGCAGCUGUCCGGUCGGAUUCACUCUCCAGCCUGACCGCAAGACCUGCAAAGAUAUCGACGAGUGCCGCAUGAGUAAUGGCAGCUGUGAUCAGAUUUGCCGGAACACAGUAGGAAGCUUUGAGUGUAGCUGCAGGAAGGGCUACAAGCUGCUCACCAAUGAGAGGACCUGCCAAGACAUAGAUGAAUGCUCAUUUGACCGCGCAUGUGACCACACCUGUGUGAACUCUCCAGGCAGUUUCGAGUGUCAGUGUCACAAAGGCUAUGUCCUGUAUGGAGUCGCUCACUGUGGAGACAUCGAUGAGUGCAGUAUAAACCGUGGUGGCUGUAAGUAUUACUGUCUGAACACGCUGGGAAGCUACGAGUGUACGUGCCCACCUGGAUACAAACUGCACUGGAACAAGAAGGACUGCAUUGAGGUGGUGAAGUGUCCGUCCAACCUGGUGGCGCCAAAAGCAACGCUCUCUUGCAGCAAGACAGGCAAAAAGGAGAGUUGUUCACUGACCUGUGCGUCCAAAGCACACUAUCUGGCAGAGUCUGACAACAGUUACACAGUCAGCUGUGGCGUCCGAGGAAAAAGCCAAAGCAGACUGAACUCCAGCAACAGCCAGAGCUGCAUAGAGACUUUGGCUUCUCCAGUGAAGCAGAUGGCCUCGUUCCGAAUCAAGAACGCCAAAUGCCACCUGCACCCCAAACUCAGGGGACGAGCAGAAGACGGAGGCAAGCAGAUUGGGCCAGGUGGUCAGCUCUGCAACAACUGCCAAGUCACCUUCGUCAAUCUGAAGUGUGAGUCCUCCAAGAAGACCAAAAUUCGCCACACACGUAACCCGUCUAAUAAAGAGGUCACACGCAUCACGCUGGAACUGGAGGCAGAGAUAAAACCUGGAGACACUACCGGGAGCUGUGAUCUGAGCUGUGUGAGGAAACAAAUGGAGCAGAAGAUGAAGUCUUCCAUCAAGGCACUGAAAAAGUCCAUCAACCAAGAGAGGUUCCUGAUACGUGUGGCCGGUCUCGAGUAUGAGGUUGCUCAGAAGGUCACACAGUCUGCUGACAGACAGGAACACUGUGGCCCCGGGAAAGAGCGGGACAGCGGCCGCUGUGUCAGAUGUUUGCCCGGUUCUUAUUAUCACGGCGAGAUGGAGCGCUGUGUGCAGUGUCCUCCCGGAACCUUCCAGGAGCGAGAGGGUCAACUGGCCUGUGACCUUUGCCCUGGAGGAGAUCGCCAUGGCUCGCCGGGUGCCCGUAACAUCACUUCCUGCUCAGGUCAGUGUGCACCAGGAUAUAACUCCAGCGAUGGCUUCAAACCGUGUCAGCCAUGCCCUCGAGGCACAUACCAGCCUGACCAUGGAAGAACACUCUGCUUCCCUUGUGGCGGUGGCCUCGACACAAAGAGAGAGGGAUCCAGCUCCUUCCAUGACUGUGAGGUCAAAGUGUCCUGUCCUCCGGGACAUUACUACAACACCUCCGUGCAUCGGUGUAUCCGCUGUCCUGUGGGAACAUAUCAAACGGACUUCAAACAGAAUUACUGCAUGUCCUGCCCCGGAAACACCACCACAGACUUUGAUGGUGCAACCAGUGUGUCUCAGUGCAAGAACAGGGAAUGCGGAGGUGAAAUCGGAGAAUAUAUCGGCUACAUCGAGUCUCCAAACUACCCAGGAGAUUAUCCUGCUAACGUGGACUGCAUCUGGACCAUCAACCCCCCCAGCAAGCGCAAAAUACUUAUCGUCGUGCCAGAGAUCUUCCUCCCUUCUGAGGAUGACUGUGGAGAUGUGCUGGUGAUGAGGAAGAACUGGUCAGUGACCUCCAUAACCACGUAUGAGACGUGUCAGACGUACGAGAGGCCCAUUGCGUUCACGGCUCGUUCACGGCGCCUCUGGAUCAAUUUCAAAUCCAACGACGUGAACAGUGCACGUGGCUUCCACAUCCCUUAUGUCACAUACGACGAGGACUAUGAGCAGCUGGUGGAAGACAUUGUGAGAGACGGAAGACUUUACGCCUCGGAAAACCAUCAAGAAAUCCUAAAGGACAAAAAAUUAAUCAAGACGCUCUUUGACGUCCUGGCGCACCCGAAUAACUACUACAAGUACACGGCUCGGGAUUCCAACGAGAUGCUGCCACGCUCCUUCAUCCGGCUCAUCAGCAGCAAAGUCUCGGCCUUCCUCCGACCGUACAAGUAGCCGCUGACGCUCCAAGGCUUUACACACUCCGGCCGACUCUGACAGCAGGCUUCAGUCUAAAGGAUUCAGCACACGCUUUGUUUAAAAAUCCAACCAAGGCUUUUGACUUUUACUCGCUUCACUAUGCACAUUUGGUUUUUAAUUUCUGUGCUGUUUAUUUUUAUCAUUCCUUUCCGAUAAGAAAAGGGCGAUUAGGUGAAUAAUUGCAUCAUACGAAUAAUUGCAGCAUAUGAGGGUUUGUUUUUGGUUUUUUUGCGUUUUUAGGUCCUGUCUUCGUUACCACUCCGUGUUGUGUUGAUGUUUGUCCGGAAUAUAUCAGAGUACACAAUGUAGAAGGUGUAAUAUUCCCAUGAGCACCGUAAUUAUUGGGACUGUUUGUCCUGUGGGUUGAUUUUAAAGUGUCAUGCCUUGAUCUGGGCCCUAAAUAUGGCCUUUUGUUGGUCCACGUGAAGUUUGCCAUCUUGUAUAUGACCAGAACAAGCCGUAAAAGACAUACCGGAUAUCUGUCUCAUGCAUUUUACAGAUCUUUGUGCUCAUUGGGAUAUCGCACGGGAUUGGGUUUAGGGAUUGCGACGUUGACAGAACGUGUGCCGUUUUGUCGAUAAGCAAGACGUGACGUGUGUGUCCGAUUCACGUAGUGGUUUUCUGAAGCGCGUCACUAUAGCGUUUGUAUAUCCAUUGUAUUUCCGUCUUUUCCACACUCGCAAUCCAACUUUACUUAAUAUCGUUCGUUCCGUGUCGUCAUAGUUCGGCUCUUAGAGCGUCUGUAGUCUUCCUGCCACGCUGUUAAAACAGUACAUUCCAGUCUGUCUAUUACUAGUUUUCGGUUUCGUAUCCGUUGACGACCAUAUAUCAGAGUUAAUUUAACAAGGCGUAGAACACGUAGUGCAUCGUCGCGAGACUGAAAUGGAAGAGUUGUGGUGAGAAACAGUGUUUAGUGAGCGGUUCUGCAGAGAAUGAGGCUGAGGUGCGUGUUUUUAUUUUGUUUUGGAUUGUUUUUUUGUUUUGUUUUUUUUGCAGGACGUGCGAUUGCUGCUUCUUCGAUUAAAAAAAAAAAGUCACUUUAAACCUGCUACGCUAAAUUCAAGCCUUUUGACCUUUCCUCCCCGAAGGCACUCAAAGGGAAAUUCCACCUGAAAAAAAAGUUAGUUUUUUUCUUUCUCGCAGACCUGUAUAUAAUUUAGCUAACGUUAGGCUACAAAUGAUUGGAAGUGCAUUCUCGCUGGAUGUUACUUUCGACCCCUUAAGAGUUCUCACUGGAGGGUGUGGCCUUCACAGGGAGUAGGGCAUAGUCGCGCUCUUUGACUUCCGAAACAGAUCGUAUAUGCUGUCUGAAAAUCUCCACUGUGAAGAAGAUGUAGCGUACGCUACUUUAUUAUUUUUUUCUUUUCUUUUUUUUUUCAGAUCACAGAAAUGUGUACAAUAACAACACAAAGCUUAUGUGUCAAAUGCUCAAUAUUCACAGUGUGGGUAUGACACAUCACAUACACACCAUAAUAAUGUAUGAUGCAGUUUUGUUUGUGGAGUGCACACAUCAUACACAAACUCCAAACACAUUAUGUGUGCCUUACGAAUGUGUUUAACGUUCCCGUCGGUUAAAUGGAGA